AUGGUUGAUAAGGGCUGGAUGAAAUGUGCGCGUAAUUCUGUUCAAUAUAUAGAAGGUGUAAGAUCAUUCAUAGAGUUUGUUCGUAAAAAUGGUGGUGGCAGAACGAUGUUCUCCUGUCCUUGUAAUAGUUGUAAGAAUGGUAAAGGACCUAAGUCUCUAAGUGAAAUUGAUUAUCAUUUGCUCAAGAAUGGAGUUGCAGUUGACAACGUAGGAGUUGACAAUCUAGGAAAUUCAGCUGACAAUGUAGAAGAUUUUGCUGAGAACAAUGUAGAAGGUUUUGCUGAGAACGUUAAUCUUGCUUGUAGUGUAGAUGAGAAUGAUCAUGUAUCAUUGGUUAAGUGUCCUGCGUGUCAAGAACCUAGGUAUGAGAAUGUCGUUAAUGAUGAGAGGAAGCUUACGCAAGUUGCUCGCAAGACGUUAAGACAUUUUCCACUGAUGAAAAGGCUGCAAAGGUUCUAUAAUAUACCAGGGAUAGAAGAGGAAAUGUAUUGGCAUUCCAGAGCACAGUCAGAUGGAAAUGUUAUGCGUCAUCCAGUCGAUUCUGCAGCCUGGCGAUGUGCGGAUAAUUUUUCACCGGAGUUUUACAAGGAACCGAAGAAUGUAACAUUAGGGAUAUCAACUGAUGGCUUCAACCUGAAUGGGUGUUUCGGUCCUAGUCACAGUUGUUGGCCUGUAAUUAUCUGGACUUUAGCUGGAUGUGUCACCCAUGGUUACUAUUCUUUCCCAACUUGUGUAGAAGAAACAGUUUCUGAACAUCUUCCGUUCACUAAGAAGAUUUGUUAUAUGGGACACCGAAGAUGGCUGCCAGCAAAGCAUAAGAGUCAAGAUGAUAAAACCAAUUUCCCAGGAGAGGUAGAGCACGGUUCAGCACCAUGGCCACUGACAUGGUUUCAGGUUCAAGAGAUUGUAGCUAAUAUAAGAACCAAGGUUGGUAAGGGAAAACAACCGUCGGUAGCAAGUCGACAGAAACAUAAAAGAAUACUUGAAGGCGAAACUGAUGCUGAUGUAGAAACUGAGGUUCAUGACCACUCCUUAUUUUCUCGAAGAUCUAUCCUUUAUGAUCUGCCGAAUUGGAGUUCAAAUCUGGUGCGACAUAAUACAAAUGUUAUGCAUACAGAGAAAAACAUAACUGAGCAUCUUGUUAACAAGAUCAUGGAUGGAAACAAGUCAAAGGAUGGUCCUAACGCACGUAGAGAUAUGGAAGCAAUGGGGUUUAAAAAGAAGUUAAGGUUGAAAGUGGAUGAUGUGUCUGGUAAAACAACAAUUGAAGAUGCUCCUUUUGCAAUGACGAAAAUGAAGAAACUUGCAUUUUGUACUACAUUGAAGAACUUAAAGGUGCCAUCUGUUUUUUGCCCCAAUCUUCGCAAUAACAUCAGUGUUGAUCCUCCUGAGCUAAAAAACUUCAAGUCUCAUGAUUAUCAUGUCCUUAUGCAACAUUUUUUUCCGCUACUGGUUAUCAACAGAGAACAACUUUUAAAAGCAAAAGAUAGUCUAGUGGAAGCAAUCCGUGUAUUGGAAAAAUAUUUUCCUCCUUACUUCUUUGUUAUAAGUAUCCACUUGAUGGUGCAUUUAGCUGACGAAGCUUUGAUCUGCGGUCCUGUCAGAUUUAGAUGGAUGUAUCCCUUUGAAAAGUUGAUGAAAGGUUACAAAGUUGCCGCUGGAUUGUUCUUUGAUUGUAAGAAGUAUGAUUUAUAUGUGAACAACGACAACUUUAAUAGUCAGAAAAAUAUCUCUUCCAAGAAUGGGCCAAAAAGAUUUCUCUUAUGGUUACGCGAUGAGAUGAUAGAAGCCAAAGAGACAAAAUCAAUACUUUGGCGACUAGUGCAAGGACCCCUCUUCAAGGCGCAGUCGUAUAACAAAUACCAAUCCAAUGGCUUUGCUUUCAGCUCUCAUGAUUACGAGGAGGGUUUCGUAACACAAAAUAAUGGUGUGUCUAUGAAAGCCAUUACAAGACAUAGAGCAAAGUCCACGAACAGAAAUUUGGUGGAAGCAGAAAUUACCUAUUAUGGUGUCAUUAAACAGAUUAUAAAGUUGGACUAUAUGGAAUUCGAGGAAGUUGUUUUUUACUGUGAUUGGGUCAGAGAUGAAGAUAAGAGUAAUGGUUGCAAAUUUUAUCCAAUCUCAAACUCAAUAAAGGUCAACUUGUCUAAGCUGAAAAGCACUAAGAGAGUGAUGGAUGAGCCGUUUAUUCGUGCAUCUGAAGCGACUCAAGUUACUAUGUGUUGUGUUUCUACAACAAAUAUCACACAGAAUCAGAGGGAAUUAGAGAAAUCCGGUCGAAACCAGCCUGAGAGAGAGAAGAAGGACUAA